AUGAUCCUAGCCACCAUCAUCGCCAACUGUAUCGUACUGGCCUUGGAGCAGCACCUGCCUGGAGAGGACAAGACCCCCAUGUCCAAGAGACUGGUGAGUCAACCAUCUACUAAUACACUGUGUCUUUAGUCAGUUAUCAUCAGUGGAAUUCUCUAACCUUACGGAAGCUUAUUUAAAAAACACAAAUUACCUCCCAAUUUCUUAUUCAUGAAGCUUGAUAUUUAUUUAAAACCUGAAAUGUUCUCCAAAGAUGAAGUGGAUAGUUGCAGAAAAACGAGAACACUAAAUCUUGUUUUAUUUCUUUACAGUACAUUGUUAGCUUGGAAAUGAGUAUUUUGUGGAAGGCAUGUCACAUUUUUCUGAGUUACUGUGUGGUGUUGCUGCAUUGUUUAUUCAUGAAUUCUGAAUUCAGUAUACCCAUUAAACCAUGGCAUAGAGGUCCAAACUGGGCUCUAUCCUCUCAGUUCCCUACUGUCUUUGAAUGCCCAACACAGAAUAGUACAAAUAACUGUCUACUACUGUGACAUUUAUUAUAAACCGGGUAGUUUGGGUCCUGGAUGCUGAUUGGCUGAAAUAGCUUUUCAGCCGUGUGUAUAUCAGACAAUAUGCCACGGGUAUGACGCAAAAAUACUUGUUUACUGUAUAUUAUCAUGCUAAGUGCAUCUGAGCACAUGAGAGUGCUUACCUACCUGCUGAGAGAAAAAUUUAAUUAAUCCUUUCCUGAGCAUGUGUAACAGUUUGAGAGAAGCUAUUGGAAAGGGCAAGACAGCAAUGGUUAGAAAAUGAUUGCUUGUUAUGUAGUACCCACAGUAUAUUCAAUAGGGUCAUAAUAUGUGCAUUUAUUUUUCAAAAUAUUUCUGUUUUUACAUGAACCUAAAGUGUGAUAAAUGUGUUCACACACACAAUACUGUUAUUGUAUAAGCCUCUGUUCUGUAACCUUUUAUAUUGACGUGACCAUUUUGUGCUGUAUUUGUCUGAUGUGUCCGUUUUUAAUUCACAGGAAAAGACAGAGCCUUACUUCAUUGGGAUGUUCUGCUUUGAAGCUGGGAUUAAGGUGGUGGCGUUGGGAUUUGUAUUCCAUAAAGGCUCCUACUUGAGGAACGGCUGGAACGUCAUGGACUUCAUCGUGGUUCUGAGU